AUGUGGGUGGAGUUCUUCGUCGUCCUUGGAGACAAGAAAAUUCAUACAGUAAGGAAACCUUUCCAAUGUACAGAAUGUAGCAAAGUGUGUAACCAUUGCUGACUUCUUACUAAACAUCAGAGAAUUCACACUGGAGAGAAACCUUAUAAAUGUACAGAAUGUGGCAAAGCCUUUACUUACAGUUCACAUCUUAUUCAACAUCUGCAAAUUCAUACUGGAGAGAAACAUAUAUGUACAGAAUGUAGCAAAGCCUUUAUCUGUUGCUCACAGCUAACCUAUCAUCAGCGAAUUUAUACUGGAGAGAGACCUUAUAAAUGUAAAGAAUGUAACAAAGCCUUUCAUCUUCCCUCAGUUCUUACUGGACAUCAGCGUAUUCGUUCUGGGCAGAGACCCUGUAAGUGUAAAGAAUGUAACAAAGCCUUUAUCCGUUGCUCACAUCUUACCCAACAUCAGCAAAUUCAUACUGGAGAGAGACCUUAUAAAUGUAAAGAAUGUGACAAAGCCUUUACUACGAGUUUGUCCCUUACUCAACAUCACCGAAUUCAUACCGGGGAUAGAUGUUAUAAAUGUACAGAAUGUGGCAAGGCCUUCAUUAAGGGUUCUAAUCUUACUAAACAUCAGCGAAUCCAUACUGGGGAGAGACCAUAUAAAUGUACAGAAUGUGGCAAAACCUUUAAUCGGAGCUCAAUUCUUACUACACAUUUGCGAGUUCAUACUGGAGAGAAACCUUACAAAUGUACAGAAUGUGGCAAAGCCUUUAGUCAUAGUAGUAAUCUCACUAAACAUCUGAGAACACACACUGGAAAGAAACCCUAGUAAUGGAACAAGUGAUGGAAGAGGUUUGCCCUAAACAUGCAUCAGAAAACACAAGAGUUUAUAUAAGAAACCGAUGGAAGUGAUGUAACAAAUAUGUAGAAAGGUUGUUAAUCAAAAGUUAAAGUAAAUAUCAGAUUGCAUACUAGAAGGCAUUUCAUCAGUUUUGUUUUCAGAAGUUUCUCUGAAGGAGAAUGACUGUAGGGAGUCCUCCAUAGUUAAAACAGAUAGAAAGUGGAUAUAUUAGCAUGAAUCAUGAGAUGAAGGUUGAUGGUUAGAAAGUUACAAUUCUUAGCAAUGUAUGUAUGCUUGUUAAUAAUGACAUGAUCUGAGAUUAUUUCAGGUGAAUGUAAUUCAGCAUUCAAAUAAUCCAUACAGUGCUCACCAGAAUCCUCCUUGUCUUGGUUUGAAUGGAUUAACCAACACUCAGCCUAGGGAGUCUGAGGCACUUUACUCAGGGUAACUUAUAAAACCUGAGCUGCAAGUACUCCUGUUUGGUCUGGCUGAUUCCAGCUUUGACCGCUCUCAGAAAUUUCUGCCCUAAAUCCUCCCCUACAGAGAGGUCUUAGGUGUGGUGAGUGUGAGGCUUUGAGCUCAGGACUCCUGAACGUUGGUUUUGGGGAAGAAACAUCAGAAAAAAAAUGGGAUUUGCUGACGACUCCUUUCAUGGCCCCACUGUAGACCUGCAGAGUCAUAACUUCUUGGAGUGGGGACCUGGUCACCAGGGAUUUGUAUUCAUUGAAAUGGUUCAGAAAGAAUCUUUAACCAAGUGGUUUCCAUCUGGUUUCCCAUCAGGAUCACUUGACCAGUGUCAGGAAAUGACCUCACUGAUGCGCUCCCAACAGAGUUCUAUUUUGGUCCUGUGGGAGCAUCAGUGUGGUGUGUAGGAUGUGCUCCAGGGGAUUCUAAGGGGAGGCCCGUGAUGAGGACUUGGCUCCUGGUCCAUUUGUGAGAGCUGAGGCCCAGCUUCAGUCCAAGGAGAGGCCGCAGGGUUGGUCUAGCUGGAUUUGGACCAGGGAAGUCAGUCAGCUCACAUCGUCUGUGUGAGCAGAGUGUUAGCAGCUAUCUAUGGGGAGAAAACAAUUAAGAAAUUAGCUCACAGGCUGGUCGCCAGGUAGGAACUGAUUGUUCCUGAAUCUCUCCUGAGACAGACAGGAGAGGUCGUUCUCGCUUUUCAAGGUCCUUCUGUCUGUAGUGAGAGAGUCAUUUCCUAGGCAGGUUGAGAAGAGCUUGGGGGUCCUCAAGGAAAGAGGGGUCUCGAAUUCUCAAGGAAGAAGAUAGGACAAACUUUUUUUCUUUCCUCUACAUUCCUUAGGAUUAUAUAACAAUAAUGUAUCCUAAAAAAAAAUAA